CGCCAGUACUCGACGCUCAGGUGGAGGACGGAGACAAAACUGGGCAACAAGUUCAAGAACGUCACAUUGUACAUGUUGUUUUCCUAUGUCGGCAACUGGGGCCCGUUGUACCGCAUGCCUCCGCGAAGGGGAAGCUACUGGUUUCCGAAACAUGCGGCCAAGGACCAGCAACCAAGUCCGGGGUUUCGUAGAGGAGGUCGGCAUCUCAAACCAGUUUCCGGCCUUGGACGAGGCGAAUUGAGGCGUCAGCGCCCUUGUACUGUGUAAACGUCCGUCUUGCUUGUUGCAGCUGUACAACAAGCACGAGCAAAGGGCUAACAAGGACCGUAGUAACGACCCGCGAGCGCGCCAGGCAGCUCGGACGCCUCGCCAUGCCAAGGUGCGGAGGACUGCUCCUAAACCACUAACGCACUUGAGGCGUCGAUGGGUCGAUAGGUACUGCACCUCGCCUGAGGCGGCGGAUGCUUUGCUGGGUGAUGUGGAUAUCACGGGAUGCGUUUUGGACAUGUGCGGUGGGCCCACGGACGCCGUCGCGACCCGCCUUCGAUCCGCGUGCGAGAUACUCACGAACGACGCGUCCAGCGGAUACCAACCUUGACGCAAGCUUGGAAUCAUUCCCGGAAGACUUUCUCGCAGCUUACUCCGGGAAAAGGCCUGAGUGGGUGGUGACGAGCCCUCCGUACAGCAGGGCUCUGACUUUUGUCAAGGCCGCCAUGUCGUUGGCGACAAAAGGCGUGGCGUUCAAAAUGCCCAUUUCUUUCCUGGAACCUUGCGCCGACCGGGGUGGUUGGCUGCAAACGAACCCCCGUCUGUGUGUUUGUUUCUACGCAGAGCAAAAUACACGCGUGCGAACAAUGCGAAGGCGUCCAGCGGAUACCAACCUUGACGCAAGCUUGGAAUCAUUCCCGGAAGACUUUCUCGCAGCUUACUCCGGGAAAAGGCCUGAGUGGGUGGUGACGAGCCCUCCGUACAGCAGGGCUCUGACUUUUGUCAAGGCCGCCAUGUCGUUGGCGACAAAAGGCGUGGAGUUCAAAAUGCCCAUUUCUUGCCUGGAACCUUGCGCCGACCGGGGUGGUUGGCUGCAAACGAACCCCCCGUCUGUGUGUUUGUUUCUACGCAGAGCAAAAUACACGCGUGCGAACAAUGCGAAGAUGGGCGAAUUCUGGGGUGUGUGGUAUACUCAGGAAGUGAGCUGCCGCAACAAGACGAGGCUUGUUUUCUGUCCUGAAUAGCACGGCUGCAGUUGGGUAGCGAAAUGGUUCAGUUAGGUUGGGACAUAUGCAAGGCGUAACGUCACCGCAAAACUUUUUUGAAAAUAUUGGUUGUGGGAAUAUAUAUAUAUGUGUGUUGAAGACAUCUAUUUCGGGGAUGCGACAUGAUUAUGCCCCGAGCGAAGUUGGCAUGUUUUCGGGGCGUGCUCUAAGCAAACAAGCAAACGUAUGGGUUUGGCCGUAUCACGUGCACGUAGACUAAUGAGUUCUGGUGUCAUGCUUCUGUUUUGAUUGCACUAAGGAGUUUUUUUGUUCUUGUGUGUGUUGUUUUCGCGGCAUGAAUCCGGGCUUGCUGUUGAGCGUGUGCAUUACCUACCUAAAAAUACGGAGGUCGAUUUUUUUAAUCCUUGAAGUAAGGGCCAGGACCAGCACGUGGGCCACCAUUCAUGCCGUAAUCUCGAACGUGUGCUCAUGCAAGCCCCCACAAACGUUUCGCUCACCGGCACACGAACAACAAAUCGAUUUCUCAAAUUGACCUUUCGUUAGUCCCAGCACUCACGAGAUUCAACUGUUGUCCUACAUGAUGCCGCCACGCGUUUCCCUCUAUCUGCUCGUACUCUUCAACGUCAUCCUCCAUAACACUACCUAAAACCACGCCUCCACUCAAACCCGACUCGGCGUCCCUGGUCGAAGAAUCAAACAUACCCGGCAAGUGUUCCUCGUCGCUAUCGCUGUCACUAUCUUCAUCCCUGUCCACUAGCCCUCCCUCAGCUGAACGAUCUUCCUGCAUAUCACUUUCUUCCGUCUCUUCCUCGCGGCAUGUAAGCUUGCACUUGCACAACUCUGAGCAUUGGCCAAAACUGUUAGUGAUGCACACGCAGCUUGUGCAUUGACCCCCUCGCUUCCUCUUCCCAGAUGAACAGGUGCACCUUACCGUUUCAAAUCCACCCGGCCAAAUAGUAACCUUAGGGAACCUGCGCAUCGACAUCAUACAACCACCUUCAACCUCCGUACUCUCGAUGUACCCCAUCCCGUCCCAUUUGGGAACUUGAAUGGGGUACCU